CGCACCUUGCCGUUGCGGAACCACUUCCAAAACGAGAUGGCGUCGACGGUCGCGCUCAAGAUUGGCUUCAAGGGCGAGAUCCACCGCAUUCGCAUCGACCUACCGGCCUUUGGCUACGACGACCUCGUCGCGCUCUUCGAGGCCACGUUCCAGCUGCCGCUCAGCACCUUUGCGCUCCAGUACAAGACGCAAGACGCGACCUUUGCCAGCGUUGCGAGCGCCGCCGAUUUCGACGCAGCGUGCGCGGCGCAGGCGAGUGCGGGGAGCUUGCGCUUCUUUGCUGUCUCCAAGACCGAGGCGACGCUUCACGAGAAUGUCUCGGAAGGCAUCCGCAAGGCGUUGGCGACCAUCUCGGGCGCGCUCGACAAGGUCAAGCACGAGCCAUGGGUGCAGGACACGGGCGCCGCGAUAAACCACGCCUACACCAAGACAUUUGAAGAGUCCAAGUCGACAUUGGCGAGCGCCAAAAAGUCGCUCCAAGACAUUGAAGUCGACAAGCUUAUGGAGGAAACCAAAGUCAACCUGCGCACCGUCGCGACCGGCGUCUCGGCGUAUGCCCAAGACUUGGUCGAGAGCCUCCAAAAGAAACCCGCGGCGGCGGAAACAACGGCGCCGCCGCCCGUCGACGCCAAGUGGACGUACCAGCUCGCGACCAUCCGCGACAUCCUCCCGGACGCGGCCGACGACGUGGCGAUCGCGGCGCUCGAGCGCGCCAACGGCGAUGUCCAAGUUGCGCUCAACGAAAUCAUGUCGGCGUAGUCGCACCUCUGUACUAAUACACGUUUUUUCGACGAGUCCA